UUUUCUUUUUCCUGCCCCCGGGGGAGGCGUCGCCGCCUCGGAGGAGCGCUGACAUCAGCCUUAAAAAGCCAGAGCCGGGCGUGGGAGGCGAGAGUAAGGCGCGGCUUUGCUUAAUCCGGCAGCGCUCGCAGCCACAACUCCGCGGAGGAAGAUCACAUUUUUUGGAAAUCCAUCACCUACCCACCCACCUUAGCGUCAUGGCAAAUCGAGGCCCUGCUUACGGACUCAGUCGGGAGGUUCAGCAAAAAAUCGACCGACAGUAUGAUCCUGAUCUGGAACAGAUUCUCAUCCAAUGGAUCAAGGCCCAGUGUGGGCCAGACAUUGGGGAGCCUGAGCCGGGUAAAGAGAAUUUCCAAAAAUGGCUGAAAGAUGGCACGGUACUCUGCCUGCUGAUCAACAGCCUGUAUCCGAAGGGCAAGGGACCUGUGGCCAAGAUCCAGGCUUUCACCAUGGCCUUCAAACAAAUGGAAAUGAUUUCUCAGUUCUUACGCGCGGCCGAGAGUUACGGCAUCCUGGCGUCGGAUAUUUUCCAAACCGUGGAUUUAUGGGAAGGGAAGAACAUGGCUUGCGUUCAGAGGACUCUGAUGAACCUGGGAGGUUUAGCCGUCUCCAAAGAGGAUGGCUUCUUCGCGGGAGACCCCAACUGGUUCCCGAAGAAAUCCCAGGAGAAUCGCCGAGCUUUCUCGGAUGACAAACUCCGAGAGGGACAGAACGUCAUCGGGCUGCAGAUGGGGACGAAUCGAGGGGCUUCCCAGGCGGGCAUGACGGGUUACGGGAUGCCCCGUCAGAUCCUUUGAGCCCACCGUCCCAGCCUUCCCCUUCGCCUCCUCCAAUAUCUUCCUUUUUUUUUUUUUUUUCCUCCAGAGAACUUUCCGAGUUUCUUUUUCUCUACGAAACAAUCCUUUCGGAUUAGAACUCCCAUUUUUCCUCCUUUUGGCCAUUUUGUUUUUUUAAAUAUUAAAACAAAAACAAAAUCCCUCUAAGGGUUUCUUCGGUCGUAUCUCCCCGCUCCUGCUUUUCCCGUCUCGGCCGACAAUUAUAUUUUUUUCCCCCUGCCUCUCCAUCAUCUCACUUCUUUUCUCCAAGGAUGCUCAAAUCUUGAUAUAUGUUUUUUCCCCACCUCCCCUCUUCCAUCCACUCGGGACCAAUUCGUGUCGCAAGACAAGACGGUGUUAUGUUUUCCCCUCCACAUUCUUCCCCCAAUCUUCUUCUCCAAAUAUUUUGAAAAGAUCCUAGCCCUUCCCAACCUCCCCCAAAAAAAGGCCUUUUAAGGCAGCUAAUCCUUGGAAUCGAAACCCAGGUUUCGCACUUUUCUUCUCUGGACCAAAAUAAUCACAGAAUGUCUUAUCUAAAAGUUUCAGGGGGUUAUUUUGCUUCAUCCCAAAAAAAGACCAAUGAUGAGAUGCUAUAGAAUAGGUGGUAAACUGCGCCAUCUAUUUCUUAAUUUUGGGUUUGGAUUUUUGAUGGCCGUGCACUCACGCCCACCCCAAUCUGAAAGGACAGGAAAAAAUCAGGUGAUUCAAUCCCCCCAAAAAUAAUAAAUCACCCCUGGGGAAUAUGGGGUUCUUGGAAGGAAGACUUAUCUACGCUUCCUGGGGUCAGUUUUUUAGUUUGAGGAGGGGGCGAUGGUGUUAAGAGAGGACACGCCCCAUGCUCUACUCUGUUUCUCUUGCAAAAAUCCUUAAAUCAGUCAAGGCGGGGUUGGGGAGGAGACAAAGCCAGUCCAAGGUCAAUCCGAUUAGACAGUCCAGAAGAAAAAAUGGGGUAGCCACGGUGCUGCCUUUUCUAUAUUCACCCCUCCGCAGCUCGGCUCAGCCUUUUGGCCUUGGUAUUACGGAGCUUUUGUUAAGUCCCGCAGCUUUUUUACGGGAGGAGGGCAAAGCCAGAAGCGAUAACUACCCCGAACUUUGAAAGUAUGUGGUGUGGAAAGUAUUCUGCCUCGAGGCUUUUGAUAAGAAAUAAAGAUUGCUCCAUUCUUUGGUUGA